AUGUCGGACUCGAGCACGCUUCACGGCGGCCGCGAGUGGAUGUCGCACUCGUCCAAUCCAAACGACACGGACAAGGCAAGGGUUUAUGGCUGCGCAGGACUGUUCAGGUAUCCCGGACAGCAGACACUGCACAGAGGCCCCGCCGGCAGCGCUGCGGCCGAGGGGCAGCCGCAGCCAAGCCACGCCUACUUGGAGCGCUGGAUGCAGAUCCCACCGCUCACCAAGCUGUUCUGGGGUGGUGGCAGUGGUGGAUCGGACUCUAACCCAGCCCUUCGCCAGCCCAGCGUGCCAGUCAGUAGCAGGGCGCGCGACAAAGCCGCUAGCUCUGCUUGUCCGUGCCUGACCAACCCCUCCAGCGAACAAUUUGGCCCUUCCCUUGGUGUUCAGGUCAUCUUGCGCGAGGCCCCAAUCCCGCUGCUUCCUGCACGACACUGUUUCCUGGCCUCAGAAGCCUUGCUAGCUCUCUGCGACCCUGAGAGCCGCAUUCCAGCAUUCCACGGGUUCCCGCGCACGACGGCCUACCCGCGUCAGCUCGUGCCUGUCGCUGCGUGCAUCGAGUCCGCGCCAGGCCAUCCUGAGAGGGGCCCUCCCGGCAGACGUCUGCGCCUUAUCAUACCUCCACCAAACUCCGAGUAUCCGCAUCAUUGUCGCCGCAGCACUCCUCGACGGGCAGAGCACUGCGACGCACGACGCCACUAA